AUGGCUCACCAACCGACCAUCGACAUGGAGGACGAUGACGAGUUGACGGCCGAGAUUCAAGCGCAAGUGGACGAAUGGUCCAGCAACAGCAACGAAUGCUUCACGAUUCAACUCACUCGCCAAGAUGGCUCAGUUGUGGCCUCAUUCCAACCGGAGUUCACAUAUGCCAUGUUUGGCGAUGAGGAAGCCAUCUUUGGGUACCAAAACCUAGGCAUCACUUUAUCCUUCCAAGCAGAUCACCUUGACCCUCAAUUACACAUCAAAUACGGCAAGAAGUUCCCAGCCCAGGGCGAAGUGAGACCCACAGAUAUCAAGACUGCUCUGAAAGAGUUUCUGCCUGCUUCAGCGUUCGACAAGGAUACAUCGAAACGUACCACCGACUUCAGACCUCCGGGCGAAAAGAUCCACUCCUACACGAGGAAUGGAAAGAGCUACGAGACAUAUUGCGCUAGCUUGGCUGAUCCAGCGGCGCGAGAGAUUCUUGAGAACAUGCAGAUACUGGUGCCCAUGUUCAUUGACGGCGGGAGCAUGUUGGAGCUGGAGCAGGAUUGGACAGCCGCCCGCUGGAAGAUAUUCUUAGUCUACGAGGUCGACAAGUCCGCGUACACCUUCGCAGGCUAUGGCACAUCAUAUCGCAACUUCACAUUCCCCGAGCGCAAGAAGGCCGUGCAGUUUGAUCCGUUCUCGCCGUCAUCGCAGGGGUUGGAUGCCUUCCUUAUUGUGGAUGGCAAGACCAACGAGCUUGCGCAGCCACCGGAUUUCGCUUCGCCUCUCGACCUACCAUGCCGUGAGCGAUUAUCGCAGUUCCUCAUGCUUCCUCCAUGGCAUGGUGCCGGACACGGGCAAGAACUCUACAAUACGAUGUUCAGGCAUCUCACAUCUCCCGAGUGUGUACGCGAGUUCACAGUGGAGGAUCCAAACGAGAAGUUCGAUGACCUGCGAGACUUUUGUGACUUGCUAAAUCUGCGAGCGAACUUUCCCGAUUUUGCAGGCCUCCAGAUCCAGAGCGAUCUGUCUCCCGACAAGAUCGAUCCAAAACUCAGUAUCCCAGUCGAUCUAAUCGUACCUGUUGGCGUGCGCAAGGACAUCAUGAUGAGAACAAAAAUCAUGCCCCGCCAAUUCGACAGACUGGUAGAAAUGCACACACUCUCUCGCAUCCCUCAUCAGAAUCGCUCCCGGAGCCGUAUCACUAAGAAGUUGAAGGCGAGCAAUGAGAACGAUAGAGCCUACUACCUCUGGCGACUGUACGCCAAGCAUCGGCUGUACAUCUUCAACAAGGAUCAGCUUGCACAGAUCGAGCACCAGGAGCGCGUGGAAAAGCUGGAGUCCGCGCUCGACAGCGUUGAGCAUGCCUAUACCGAAAUGAUCGAAAGAAUCGAAGAGCGCGAAACGGCCAUCGCCAAUGGCGAAAUUGAGAGCAGUGACAAUGCUGCUACGAAGGCUGGCGCUGCCAAACGUAAGCGGCCGACCAUUACAGACGAUGAAGACGAGGAGAUGGAUCAGGCUGCUUCACCUGUCGACACAGUUGCCGAGGUGGAUGCCAACGGGCAUAAAAAGGCGCGAGUGGCUUGAGAUCUGCUUCCGACAAACAGGGUGGAGCAUCUUACAACAGGUACGAACCAUGAAACGCAAGAAAUCAGGGCGUCUUUGAGUCAGGUUGAGACUAGGCUCGCGAGCGCCACGUGCAUCAUGCAUUCACUCGCGCUUCGAAUGCGCAUUUACCGACACGAUAGCCGCCGCUUGCCGGCGUGUAAUGAACUGUCAACCUGAAGUUUGCGCAUUCCCGAAAUGGAAAGUCGCGUCUCCUGACAGGGCCAAUGGGCAGGGUUGCUGGACCUGAUGCGACACAGACACACGGUUGAGUGCGGGAAUAGCAUGGGAUUGCCAGACACGAUCCAGGUGUCAAGUCUGCGCAAAGGCAAAUCGGAACCAAGAAUGAAGGAAGAAGCGCGAAUGAUGACGCGAAGCGCGACCCUGGAAAACGUUGAUACUUUAUCCGAUCGUCGAGCUUCAUGGACUGCGAACCAUUUUAGCGAGCACGGCAUGUUCGACUGCCGCAAAAUCAAUUAAUUAUACUCGUGA